AUGUCUAGACGAGCUUUGAAGAAUGUUGCUCUUGCUUAUCUUGCUUCCCCUGAGGAUCAAGAAUUCACCGACCUUGCACUUCAAGAAUACAAAACUGCUACAAAUAUGACUGAACAUUUUACAGCAUUGGCGUCCAUAGCCCAGAACCCUGUUAAAACUCGUGAUGAUGUUCUUGCUGACUUUUAUGAGAAGUGGCAGAAUGAUUACUUGGUUGUGAACAAAUGGUUUGCUCUUCAAGCUGUGUCUGACAUUCCUGGUAAUGUUGAGAAUGUGCGGAAACUGUUAAGCCACCCAGCAUUUGACUUGCACAAUCCCAAUAAAGUGUACUCUCUCAUUGGAGGUUUCUGCGGGCUCCCUGUGAAUUUCCAUGCAAAGGAUGGAUCUGGCUAUGAAUUUUUGGGAGAUAUUGUGCUCUUUGACAGAUUUGGGAACAGUAAGCCCUCCUCCCAUCAAAGGCCCACUCUUGAUAUUGGUUCAUCAUCAAAAUCUACUUUUAGUGCAUCUGAAACAGCCUCCAAUACAACAAAAGACCCUUUCAAAAUAUUUGAAUCAACUUCUGCUCCAACUGGUUCAUCCUCAAGGCACUUUACAGACCCAUUAGAAGAAAUUAGUAAACUUACUAGUUCUAGAAGCACAAAAAUUGAUUUUUCAUCCAAUUCUAAUGAUGGAGUAUAUGAUGAUACUGAUUCCUUUGAUGGACUUGGAAAUUCAGUACCAGCAUUUUCAUCAGAGGGGACCUGUAGGAACGAUACCAGUUCCCCAAUGCCGAGGUCAAACACAAGUUCAAGUUGGACCCGAGAUAAAGAAUCAUUUGAAAAAUUGUUUGUCAGAAGUCUUGAUAGACGGACACAUAACAAGAUUCUUGUUGAACAUGAUAAGGAGUUUCAUCAAACUCCAUAUGGCAUGCCUAUAUAUUCAUCUGAUUCGAAUAAACCAAUAGUUGACCAAAGGUCUCAGAAAUAUGAAGAAAAGUUAGUCUCAGAUGAUGAUAUGUGGCUAACGGUAUCAGAGAUUCCUCUUUCCAUACAACCAACUGCUGCUCCACCACCCUCAAGACCACCUCCUCCUCGACCAGUUCAUAUCCCCAUGUCAGAAACAGGUUCACCAGCUUUUGCCAAUGUCAGGAAAGACAACGGAUUUUCUUCUUUCCCAAGUUCCACUCGAUUUUCUCAGGAUCCUAAAUAUGCUCCUGCUACAACCAAGUUAUCUUCUGCGUCGCAGUUUGAUGAACUUGAAGAUUUUGCCAUGGGCACGAGUCACAGUGAUGAUGAUGAAUGUGAAAAUGGUGAUCCUGAUAAAGAAUUAGAGAUGAACUCAGCUGCUACAGCUAUGAAGGAGGCUAUGGAGAAAGCUGAAUCUAAAUUUAGGCAUGCAAAGGAAGUUUGGGGGAGUGAGAAUACAAAACCUGCUCCAACUCAUACUUUGCCUGACAGUAGUAUAAUACCUAAUGCUCCCAACUUUGAUAACUCACCAGAUAGUGGCAAUGACAUAGAAGAAGCAAUGAUUCAUGCAGCCAUUGAGGCAUCCAAACGGAAGGCGGAGGAAAAUUACAGCAAUCAUGAACUUGGCAGACAAGUUAACUUAAGUGAAUCUGGGCCUAAUCCAAGGCAAACAUUUGUGGAAGAUCCUGAGCUUGCCCAUGCAAUUUCAUUGUCCCUGAAGACAACAGAACAAGAAAAAGCACGGCGUGUACAAAAAGGUGAUAUUGGAGCACAUUCAGCAGGACCAUCUAAGGCACCAGCGGUUGAAUUAGGGGAAGUAUCUUCGAAUGGGAGAUUGCAAGCAGGAAGCUUAUCCUAUAAAGAGGAAGAUAGAUACAUAUGUGGAUUAUGUGCAGCAGUUUGGUUUGUUUCAUCCCGUACCUGA